GUGAGGUUUCAAGGAGGUGUGCUGGAGGGUUGGAGGGUGCUGCUGCUGCCGCCAUACACGUCCCCAUCCAUGCAUAGAUUAGAUCAGCAUUGAGCCCCCCCAUUGGGGAUGAGCACAGGGAAAUCCCAGCAGCCUGACAUCAACGUGUUUGUGGAUUUUGCAUAACUGGCUGCAAACCUCACUCAGCACUCGGCUUUUCCUCCUGGAGCUUCUCUGGAUUAUCGUUUUGGGACUUUUUUUGCAGUUUAUGAAUCCCACCGAGAUCCCCAAUGGAAUUGCAAAGGACCUCUAGCCUAUCGGGGCCAUUGUCCUCCCCGGGGUACACGGCCCAGGUACCCUUCAAUUACAACCAGCUAGAGGGAAGGUUUAAACAGUUACAAGAUGAACGUGAGGCUGUCCAGAAGAAGACUUUCACAAAAUGGGUCAAUUCCCACCUGGCCCGCGUGUCCUGCAGAAUUACCGACCUGUACGGAGACCUGCGAGAUGGAAGGAUGCUCAUCAAACUGCUGGAAGUUCUCUCUGGAGAGAAACUUCCCAAGCCCACCAAGGGAAGAAUGCGGAUCCAUUGUCUGGAGAAUGUUGACAAAGCGCUGCAGUUUCUGAAAGAACAAAGGGUUCACCUGGAAAACAUGGGCUCCCAUGAUAUUGUCGAUGGAAACCACAGACUGACUCUUGGUUUGAUUUGGACCAUCAUCCUCAGAUUCCAGAUCCAAGAUAUUAGUGUGGAGACCGAAGACAACAAGGAGAAGAAAUCUGCAAAGGAUGCUUUGCUUUUAUGGUGCCAGAUGAAGACAGCUGGGUAUCCCAAUGUGAAUAUACAUAAUUUUACAACCAGCUGGAGGGACGGCAUGGCCUUCAACGCACUCAUUCAUAAACACAGACCCGACUUGAUUGAUUUUGAUAAGCUGAAGAAGUCAAACGCACACUACAAUCUGCAAAAUGCCUUCAACCUUGCAGAGCAGCACUUAGGCCUCACUAAACUCCUCGACCCAGAAGACAUCAGCGUUGACCAUCCAGAUGAAAAGUCCAUCAUUACUUAUGUUGUCACAUAUUACCAUUACUUCUCAAAGAUGAAGGCACUGGCCGUGGAAGGAAAACGUAUUGGAAAAGUUCUUGAAAAUGCCAUCGAAACCGAGAAAAUGAUUGAGAAGUAUGAAUCCCUGGCUUCUGACCUCCUCGAGUGGAUUGAACAAACCAUUAUCAUCCUAAACAAUCGGAAAUUCGCCAACUCACUGGUCGGUGUGCAGCAGCAGCUUCAAGCUUUCAACACCUACCGCACUGUGGAAAAACCACCAAAAUUUACAGAAAAAGGAAACUUGGAAGUGUUGCUCUUUACCAUUCAGAGUAAGAUGAGGGCCAACAAUCAAAAGGUAUACAUGCCAAGAGAGGGCAAGCUCAUCUCAGAUAUUAAUAAGGCCUGGGAACGACUGGAAAAAGCCGAACACGAGAGAGAACUGGCACUGCGAAAUGAGCUGAUCCGACAGGAAAAACUGGAACAACUUGCACGCAGAUUUGAUCGCAAGGCAGCUAUGAGAGAGACUUGGCUGAGUGAAAACCAGCGCCUGGUGUCUCAGGAUAACUUCGGCUUUGACCUUCCUGCUGUAGAAGCCGCCACAAAGAAACACGAAGCAAUCGAAACGGACAUUGCAGCCUAUGAAGAGCGUGUUCAGGCUGUGGUGGCAGUGGCACGAGAACUGGAAGCUGAAAACUACCAUGACAUAAAACGAAUCACGGCCCGAAAGGACAAUGUCAUCCGGCUCUGGGAAUACCUACUGGAGCUGCUGCGGGCGCGGCGACUGCGCCUAGAAAUGAACCUUGGACUGCAGAAGGUUUUCCAAGAGAUGCUUUACAUUAUGGACUGGAUGGACGAAAUGAAGGUGCUUCUGUUGUCUCAGGAUUAUGGGAAACACUUGCUGGGAGUGGAGGACUUGUUACAGAAGAAUGCUCUGGUGGAGGCUGACAUUUCCAUCCAGGCAGAGAGAGUACGUGCCGUUAAUGCAUCAGCUCAGAGAUUUGCUGCAGGAGGGGAAGGUUACAAGCCGUGUGAUCCACAGAUCAUCCGGGACCGUGUUGCCCACAUGGAAUUCUGCUAUCAGGAACUGUGUCAACUGGCGGCUGAAAGACGUGCACGUUUGGAAGAGUCUAGGCGGCUUUGGAAGUUUUUCUGGGAGAUGGCGGAAGAGGAAGGUUGGAUUAGAGAAAAAGAGCAGAUCCUGUCAUCCGAUGACUAUGGGAAGGAUCUGACCAGUGUUAUCCGUCUUCUGUCCAAACACAAGGCUUUUGAAGAUGAAAUGAGCGGGCGAAGCGGUCACUUACUCCAGACCAUCAAGGAAGGAGAGGAGAUGAUUGCAGAGGAGCACUUUGGAUCUGAGAAGAUCAGGGAACGGAUCAAGGAUAUUCAGGAGCAAUGGGCUAACCUUGAACAGCUGUCAGCCAUUCGCAAGAAACACCUGGAAGAAACCUCAAGUUUCCACCAGUUCCAGGCAGAUGCCGAUGAUAUUGAUGCCUGGAUGUUGGACAUCUUGAAGAUCGUGUCCAGUAAUGAUGUUGGACAUGAUGAAUUUUCUACUCAGUCUCUAGUGAAGAAACACAAAGAUGUAGCUGAAGAAAUUGGAAGUUACAGAUGUACUAUUGAUGCUCUACAUGAAGAAGCCGCUGCCCUUCCCCAGGAACAGUUUGAAUCGAAUGAAGUGCAGAUCAGGUUGUCGGGAAUCGAGGAAAGAUACAAGGAACUGGCUGAGCUGACGCGACUUCGGAAACAGGCGUUGCAGGACGCCCUCACGCUCUACAAAAUGUUUAGCGAAGCUGACGCCUGUGAACUUUGGAUUGUUGAGAAGGAGCAGUGGUUGAACCAUCUGCAAAUCCCUGAGAAGCUAGAAGACCUGGAGGUUGUUCAGCAUAGAUUUGAAAGUCUAGAGCCAGAAAUGAACAACCAGGCAUCACGAGUGGCUGUCGUUAAUCAGAUUGCCCGUCAGUUGAUCCACAGUGGACAUCCGAGCGAGACUGAAAUCAAAGCACAGCAAGAGAAACUGAACACAAGGUGGGGCCAGUUUAGAGAAUUGGUUGACAAGACAAAAGAUGCCCUCAGUUCAGCACUAAGUAUUCAGAACUACCAUCUUGAGUGCAAUGAGACCAAGUCCUGGAUUAGGGAAAAGACCAAAGUCAUCGAGUCAACUCAAGACCUGGGCAACGACCUUGGUGGAGUCAUGGCACUCCAACGCAAGUUGACCGGUAUGGAACGUGACUUGGCUGCCAUUGAGGCCAAACUUACCGAUCUGCAAAAAGAAGCUGAGAAACUGGAAGCUGAACAUCCCGACCAAGCUCAGGCUAUCAUGAGCAGGCUUGCAGAGAUCAAUGAAGUAUGGGAAGAAAUGAAGACCACCCUGAAGAAUCGAGAAGAGUCUCUUGGUGAAGCCAGCAAACUUCAACAAUUCCUCCGUGACUUGGAUGAUUUUCAGUCCUGGUUAUCAAGGACACAGACGGCCAUUGCUUCCGAGGACAUGCCAAAUACGUUGGCAGAAGCAGAGAAGCUGCUUGCUCAACACGAAAACAUUAAAAAUGAAAUCCACAACUAUGAAGAGGAUUACCAGAAGAUGAGGGACAUGGGUGAGAUGGUGACACAGGGGCAGACCGAUGCACAGUACAUGUUCUUGCAUCAACGUCUUCAGGCUCUUGACACUGGCUGGAACGAGCUUCACAAAAUGUGGGAGAACAGGCAGAACCUUUUAUCUCAGUCCCAUGCCUACCAGCUCUUCCUAAGAGACACCAAGCAAGCAGAAGCUUUUCUUAAUAACCAGGAAUAUGUCUUGGCACACACUGAAAUGCCCAAUACCUUGGAAGCGGCUGAAGCCGCCAUAAAGAAACAAGAAGACUUUAUGACCACGAUGGAUGCCAGUGAAGAGAAGAUUAAUGCAGUUGUGGAUACCGGCAGAAGACUAGUCAAGGACGGCAACAUCAACUCUGAUAGAAUCGAAGAAAAAGUUGAUUCUAUUGACAGCAGGCAUCAAAGAAAUCGAGAGGCCGCAAAUGAUCUUUUGACUCGACUGAAGGACAACAGAGAGAUGCAGAAGUUUCUGCAGGAUUCUCAAGAGCUGUCCCUCUGGAUUAAUGAGAAAAUGCUCACGGCUCGGGAUAUGUCGUAUGAUGAGGCCAGGAACUUGCACAGUAAAUGGCUGAAGCACCAAGCUUUUAUGGCAGAACUGGCAUCCAACAAGGAAUGGCUGGACAAAAUCGAGAAGGAAGGAAACCAAUUGAUUGCGGAAAAGCCAGAGACGGAGGCCAUAGUGAAGGAGAAGAUGACAGGCCUGCAUGAAAUGUGGGAAGAGCUGGAAACCACAACACAGACAAAGGCCCAGAGACUUUUCGAUGCCAACAAAGCUGAGCUGUUCACCCAGAGCUGUGCAGAUCUGGACAAGUGGCUUCAUGGACUGGAGAGUCAGAUUCAGUCUGAUGACUAUGGCAAGGAUCUCACCAGUGUCAACAUCCUGCUGAAGAAGCAGCAGAUGCUGGAAAAUCAAAUGGACGUGCGCAAGAAGGAGGUGGAAGAGCUGCAGAGCCAGGCUCAGGCCCUGAGUCAGGAGGGGCAGAGUCCAGAUGAGGUUGACGGUCAGCGUAUAGUUGUGGAGAAGAGGUUCGUGGAACUAAUGGCCCCGCUAACCGAGAGGAAAAAAUAUCUCUUGGCUUCUAAAGAAAUUCACCAGUUCAACCGAGAUGUGGAAGAUGAGAUUCUAUGGGUUGAAGAGCGAAUGCCUCUUGCAACAUCAACUGACCACGGACACAACCUCCAGACCGUGCAACUACUGAUCAAGAAAAAUCAGACACUUCAGAAGGAGAUCCAAGGCCACCAACACCGCAACGAUGAUAUCUUUGAGAGGAGCCAAAUGAUUUUGGAAGAUGGCAGUCUUAAUCCUGAAGCCAUGCAGAAACGACUGUCAGACCUUCAGACGCUAUGGAACCUCCUCAUCGAGGAGACGGAGAAGAGGCACAGGAGGCUGGAGGAAGCCCACAAAGCUCAGCAGUAUUAUUUCGAUGCUGCAGAGGCCGAGGCCUGGAUGAGCGAGCAAGAACUUUACAUGAUGUCGGAAGAGAAAGCCAAGGAUGAGCAGAGCGCCGUGUCUAUGCUGAAGAAGCACCAGAUUUUGGAGCAGGCAGUGGAGGACUACGCAGAGACCGUACAUCAGCUUUCCAAGACGAGUCGGGCAUUGGUGGCAGAUGGACAUCCUGAGAGCGAGCGCAUCAGCAUGCGUCAGUCGCAAGUGGACAAACUGUAUGCGGGUCUGAAAGAUUUGUCGGAGGAGAGGAGAGGAAAACUGGAUGAAAGGCACAGGCUGUUCCAACUCAACCGGGAGGUGGAUGACCUGGAGCAAUGGAUUGCCGAGAGGGAGGUUGUAGCUGGUUCCCAUGAGCUCGGACAGGACUAUGAACAUGUUACAAUGUUGCAAGAGCGAUUCAGAGAGUUUGCACGUGAUACUGGGCACAUUGGACAGGAGAGGGUGGACACUGUUAAUCACAUGGCCGAUGACCUUAUUAAUUCUGGACAUUCCGAUGCCGCUACUAUAGCAGAAUGGAAGGAUGGCCUGAACGAGGCCUGGGCAGAUCUCCUUGAGUUGAUCGACACCAGAACGCAGAUACUGGCUGCCUCAUACGAACUGCACAAAUUCUAUCAUGAUGCUAAAGAGAUCCUCGGGCGCAUACAGGAUAAGCAUAAGAAGAUUCCAGAGGAGCUGGGAAGAGAUCAGAACACGGUUGAAACACUACAAAGGAUGCACACCACAUUUGAGCAUGACAUCCAGGCACUGGGCACACAGGUGAGGCAGCUUCAGGAGGACGCUACACGGUUGCAGGCUGCUUAUGCAGGAGACAAGGCCGAUGACAUUCAGAAGAGGGAGAGCGAAGUCCUGGAGGCCUGGAAAACAUUGCUGGAUGCCUGUGAAGGCAGGCGGGUCCGACUGGUGGACACCGGAGACAAAUUCCGAUUCUUCAGUAUGGUCCGUGACCUCAUGCUCUGGAUGGAUGAUGUCAUCCGACAGAUCGAAGCCCAAGAGAAGCCAAGGGAUGUUUCUUCAGUAGAACUGCUCAUGAAUAAUCACCAGGGCAUUAAAGCAGAAAUUGAUGCCCGGAAUGACAGCUUUACGACCUGCAUUGAGCUGGGCAAGUCUCUGCUGGCGAGGAAGCACUAUGCAACAGAAGAGAUAAAAGAAAAAUUGUUACAACUGACUGAGAAGAGAAAAGAAAUGAUUGACAAGUGGGAGGACCGAUGGGAAUGGCUGAGACUGAUUCUGGAGGUGCACCAGUUUUCCCGGGACGCCAGUGUCGCCGAGGCCUGGUUGUAUGGACAGGAGCCAUACCUGUCAAGUCGUGAAAUAGGCCAGAGCGUAGACGAAGUGGAAAAACUCAUCAAGAGGCACGAGGCAUUUGAGAAAUCGGCAGCUACUUGGGAUGAAAGGUUUUCAGCCUUGGAAAGACUUACAACGCUGGAAUUAUUGGAAGUCCGUCGAAUGCAAGAGGAAGAGGAAAGGAAGCGUAAGCCUCCCACACCUGAAUUGAGCCCGAAAGUGUCAGAAGAAGAAUCGCCACAGCAAUGGGAUGGAAAAGAAGAACAGAUUUCUCAGAAUGGAUUACCAUCUGACCAAGAUUCUCCACGGAUAACACAGUUGAGUAGUGUUGGUUUGUAUUCUGAUGGUGUCCAAACAGGAGAACCUGUACAUGAGAUUGGACCUGAAGAGCCGCAGUCCACUCAAAUGAUAACACUGUUGAGUAGUGUUGGUUUGUAUUCUGAUGGUGUACAAACAGGAGAACCUGUACAUGAGAUUGUCCCUGGAGAGCCGCAGUCCACUCAGUUGAUGGGUGAAAACGCUGAAACCAAUGAAAUGGUCAAUGGAUCCACAGAACAGAGAACAAGUUCGAAAGAAUCCAGCCCGAUUCCAUCACCAACUGCUGACCGCAAGUCAAAAUCAGGAAUGCAGGCGCAGACUGCCGCCACAUUACCCGCCAAGACGCAGGACAUGCCUUCUGCUCAGUUUGAAGGCGUCCUACAUCGUAAACAUGAAUGGGAAACGCACAACAAGAAAGCCUCAAACAGGUCUUGGCAUAAUGUAUACUGUGUGAUAAACAAUCAAGAAAUUGGAUUUUACAAAGACGCCAAAACUGCAGCUUCCGGUAUUCCCUAUCACAACGAGGUCCCGGUGAACCUGAAGGAAGCCCUCUGUGAAGUAGCAACUGAUUACAAGAAGAAAAAGCAUGUAUUCAAGCUCAAACUGAAUGACGGUAAUGAGUACCUCUGCCAAGCCAAAGAUGAUGAGGAGAUGAACACAUGGAUCCAGGCCAUCACAAACGCAGUCACGUCAGACAAAACCGAGGUGUCCCUGAGCACACAGAGCACUCCAGCAUCCAGCCGCGCCCAAACCUUGCCAGCCAGCGUCACCGUCACCACCGAGUCCAGCCCCGGCAAGCGGGAGAAAGACAAAGAGAAGGACAAGGAGAAAAGAUUCAGCCUGUUUGGAAAAAAGAAGUGAACUCCAACCUAAAAACAAAACAAAAAAAAACAAAAAAAAAAAUGAUACAAACCACUGCACUUCUAUACUAUUUUUCUUUUUCUUUUCAGUGAAAUGUCAGCAUGCAAGCUCAGAACCAAUACAUUACUCUGUGCCUAAUGUUCCCCCAAUGUGAUUCAAAGAUAAUAAAAUAAAAAUAAAAAAAAACUAUUUAUAGAAUGCUGAUAAGACACAUCUGACUUGAGGGACAUUGGGCAUCUAUACAAGAGGGAGGACCAUUCUUUUUUUUUUUUUUUUAUUUUUUUUUUUUUUUUCUUUUUUUUUUUUUUUUUUUUUUUUUUUUUCUAAGACAUUGUAGAUUAAAAUCUAAAUAUUUAAAAAAAAAAUCCUCAAUUUUGUGAGGCUGUCUUGAUAACAACCCACACUCUAGAUACACUGAUACGAUGCAAGGCAGCGGUGCUUUUAGUAAUUAUAAAAAACAGUCGAUCAUCUGAGGUAAAAGAAUACAUUCAGGCACCUUCAUCACUACCGUGCACACAGGAGUGAGCACCAAAUCUCUUUAUUAUAAAACAGCAGUGUACAUAAAUGUUAGGUAACUCACAGCUUUCAGCUUUGGAGGAAGCACAAGUCCCAGCAUGCCUGCUAGGCACAUUGGUUCUUGUAGUUCCUCUUCUGCUAGGAGGUCCUCAGUUACCAGGUCAGAUGCACAGGAGUAUUUGAUAACCAGAGUGCAGACACACAAUUUGUUUUGUUUUUUGCCUGUAGAAGAAUUGAUGCUCCAAGCAUCAACGCAACAUCACGUGUGUGACUUCCGAAUGUUGGAGUUUUGUUUUUUUUCCACUUGUUAAGGGGGGAGGGGGAGCUGUUCAGAUAUUGUCAGCCCACAGCUCGUCAACUUCCACAAGGAGAAGUCUAAACUCCUAGACUGGAGCUCUGCCCGUAAAACGCUCUGCCCGUAAAACGCUCCUACGCCAACGCCCAGUCCCUUUCAGCAUUGGCUGAUUUCAGAAAAGGGUCCAGAACUCUUACACAGCCCUGGGGGGAGAAGUUAAUGAGCUUUUGGGUUACAAAUCGUUGAACGGCCCUCGGUGAGCACUAGGAAAGCGUUUAUCUCUUUCCUGGAGAACCUUGUUUUGGAAAGAAUAGCAGUUUUAAAUACUCUUGUAAUUUAAAAACAACAAAAAAACGAAAAAAAAAAAAAACUCUUUGUUUUUUGUUUAUAUUUUUUCUGCUGAAAUACACUAUAUUGUAUGUUUCUGAUUUAAUUCCUAGUACAAACUAUAAUGAGAACUAGCUGUAUAAUAAACUCUUUAAAGGAAUCCUCAAUGUUAAAUGUACAAGUGAAAUGAAGCAUUUACUGGAACAAAAAAGUAAUGUUACUCAACUGAUUACUUGCUUGUCGGCUACAGCACUGUGUGUUAUAAUUUUUUGCUACAUUAUUUUGCUAUUUGAUACAUAGUGUGCAUUUCUCUGUCACUGUAACUAUUGUAAUGAAAAUUUUUGACAUUUUACUGCACAAUCAGAAUGACAUUUAUUAGGAAUAAUCUCCUCUCAAUGACUGGGCCUGUAGUCCUGGAAAUGGCUUUCAGUUGAAUGGAACUGUGCCACUAGAGGCGGGGGGCCUGGGGGGCUCUGAAGACCUCCGUCAGUUGGUGAAGGGCGGCCUCCGAACUCCUUUCCCACCUUGUCUGUGCUCAUCGGAGAAGGGGGGGGCCCCGUCCUUCACCAGCUGCCGCACGGGCUGAGGGGCUGGCUUGGCCCCUGUUCUAGACUCUUACCUUAUCUGUUAAAUAUAUGCUAUGUCAUUAAAUGCUUUUAAAAAUGACAAUCA